AUGGGCGGUGGUGUUCGAUAUGAGGUUCUCGGAAACAGACCAGAAGCAGAAAUGAAAAAGCAGAAAAGCAAAGUUCCGGAACCAUACUGCCGUGAAGGCCAGGUGGCAAGUUUUCCCCUGGCAUGGAAGAUCUUCCAAAGGAAAUCCACAGCAGAGCAGGCACCCAGAGCAGCCAUUGCCUGCUGUAACCCUACCUGGACACCUUACCUGGUUUCAAUGGAACGAAAUUUCGUCUCCGUACUAGUUAUCUUUAACAAUCAACAGUUCAUACUAAGUUCCGUUUAUUCCUCCCCCAGUGAUGACCUCACUGACGCAACUACAGCAUAUAAUCACGUUAGACUGAAAUGUCCUACGGUACCACACAUCAUUGGAGGCGACUUCAACGCCCACAACGUCAUCUGGGGCUACCGUGACACGACUCCUAAGGGCCACGAAAUGGAAAACUUCAUGGCAAGCAAUAACCUGCAUUUGCAUAACAGCCCCGGUGCACAGCCGACAUUUGACAACUCGUAUCAUAAAGGCUGGACCGACUUGACCGACUUGACCCUUUCAACAUCGGACAUUGUCAACAAUAUUUACUCUUGGACUGUCAUGGAUGAUGAAAGCAAUUCCGAUCACAAGUACAUCCAUUUCCUCAUUCAAGUAGACACCAGCAUUAGCAUAUUAAAAAGGUUUAAGCUUCCGGGUGUCAAGAUUAGGCAUCUGCAUCGCAUUCUCAGCGAAACUCUGAGAAGAGAAGAGAUGGAGCUUAAUACGCAUAAUGACCAGUAUGAUAUGAAUAUCUACACAGAUAAUCUUCUCACCACUCUCAAGGACACAUGCGAGCGAAUUCUACCAAUCAGGACUGCCAAGAAACUGCGAGGCAUUACGUGGUGGACUAGGCAGCUGAGACAAAUGCGCCAAAGGUGCAGAGCCUUACGUCGCCGUCUCCGAACGGCUGUAGACGGCACAGAAACAGAAAGAUUGCUAACUGCAUUCCGACAAGCACGGGCUACUUAUAAAAAAGCAAUUCUAGAAGCCAAAAUCAACAGCUGGCGCAAUUUUUGUACCAGCAAUAGCAAUCCUUACGGAAUCCUGCAUAAACUGGCCACGCAGAAAAUCUUCCAGCCGGCAUAA